AUGGGACGCUUCCUAUUAUGUGUGGAAAGUGAUGUACGUGAGGUGAAUAGUCUUCUUGCAUUUCACAACGUCCAUCCGCAGGUCCGUGCAGAUGUGCAACGGCGUCUACAGCGACUAGUCUACCGCGUGUACGAACACGUGGGAACUCUCGAGCCCGGCUACGGUGAAUCCCCACACGAUAUCUGCGCUGCCAUUGUUCGGGAUGUCGUGCAUAACACUGUGCAGAAUGUCAUUCCGCUGGUGGAACUCGCAGCGGAGGAGCGAAACGCCGCGGCGCUGCAACAACGCACAAGAGAUUUAGCGGAGGAACUGCGAGUGAGUAAAAAGCGGUGUGAGGAACUGCAGGAUUCCUUCGCACGAUUCCGCAAAGCACAUGAUUAUAUGUUGUGUUGUUACUUCCGAGAGGUGUUGUUGCUGCGGUAUCAGUUGCGUGAGGCCGUGGCCAAGCGGCGAGCCUCGCAGGCCCGCCUGCAAAUAUCGCAAUUAAUACAACCCGCCGCGGCCGCGCGGAAGGCCUCAUUGGCCAUGCGUGAACCGAAGAUUGUGGAGAUGGUGGAGGGUGCGGCCGCGGCCUCAACGCUGCUGGCUACAUCCGAGUCCGACUCGCUAAAGGAGGGAGGGGCCUCGUCUGGGAGUUCUCCCGUUAUUGCUGUUGUGGCCGCUGUUCAUCCUGCCGCCGCCGCUGCAGCUGCUGCUGCUGCUGCUGGGAAUAAUACAAAUGUGAAUACGACGACUGGCACCAGUGGUACAAUAAUAACGACUCCUACUCCUACGCCUACGACGAUAAUGGCAACAACAACAACGACGACAACAACGACAACAACAACAAUGACGACAAAUGCUACGGUUACGAUACCACAAGCAGCACCUGUAUCACAUUUUUCAGUGGUGAAUGAAGCGGCAGGAGUAGGAACCGUUGUAGCCAUAUCAGGUGUAUCCGCCACUUCAGCCGGUUCAGGCAAUUCAGCUGUAUCCACCAUUGGAGGAAAGGCAGUGAUUACAACAAUACAAGCAACAGAAGGAGAAAAGGGAGGUAAAAGAGAAAAGUUGCGUUCUGUAAAGACGGUUGGAACACAAACUGCUAAUAGUAUAGGGGAUGAAAGUGUGGAUGCUAUAUUUGACUAUGAAGAUUACGUACGACAGUUGCAAUUGCGUAAAAGUCGUCAGAGAGAUCCUGGAUCAUCUGAAGGUGGUUACUUAAUGACAGCUGAUAUGGCGGCCUUGGAAAAACGUCGUCGAGAAGAGUUGUCUGGUCUUCGCUAUAAGCAAAAACAAAUGCAGCGUGAGCAAGAGUCUGCAAUUGCGUCAUUGAAAGCCAAAUUACGAGAGACUGAGAGAUCUAGUGGCUCUGCAUCAAAGUUUACCGCAACACUUCGACCUAUUAAGGAAGAGUUAUUAGAUGAACUCGGUGUGAUCUUUCGUGGUAUGCGGCGAAUGCGAGAACAACAUUAUGAAGAUAUGACACUUUUGAAAGAAGCCGUACGGGUUAUACAGGUGCGUGUGGAUCAGCUAUUGUUGUUUCUCACUCUCUACGCGGAUGAAGUGGGAAGUAUUGCGGCCCAACUCGGAACAGAGGAGGGAGAAUUGGAAGGUAGUAGAACAGCUGCACCUUUUGCAGAGGAUGAUCCCUGUUAUCGGCGUGUUGUUCUUGACUUCUUUGCCAUUCCAUCACUGACAUCAAGAGCAUCAUCCUCAGUAGCAACAAAUGAUUCGGGUGCCACACAAUCCACAUCCGCAAGAUCACCAGUACCCUCAGCAAGGGAAUCACUUUCAGCAUCCAUACGAGAAUUUGCUGCUAUUAACGUGGAUGAAAACACAGAAGAUCAAACAAAAAAGAAAAAGAAAAGUAAGAGUAAAAGUGGUAGCAAUAAAACUGGGGCUGGUGAGAAUGGGACUGGUACUAUUCCUAACGCAAAUUCUCAUCUUGUCUUUGGUAAUGAUACUCCUUCUGAUGCACGACGUUAUUGGUCAAAGAAUGCUGUUACUAUACAAGCCACACAAGCUUUCGCCGCACUUCAGGCAGCUGCCCUUAAACUACGUAGCAACAAAUCUUUAUGGCUACAACAACAACAACAACAACAACAACAACAACAACAACGACGAAAAACAGAUGCCUUGCGCACCUCCGCAGUAGAGUUUGCCUCCGUUACCAGUGGACAGCUCUCGAACACGUUUGAGAGCAUCAGUAGUAUCUUUGACGAGAACGAUGUAGAUAUGUUUACAUCUCGCUCACGUGAAGAAAUAUUGCGUACACUUGUGCAGCUACGUAUGAAGCGUAUUGCCGCUCGUGCACGCUAUCGCACACAACUUCGUCUUCUCAAAAGGGCCGCAGAAAACGGACAAGAUACCGCUAGUAUGCAAGAUAUACUAUAUCAAGCAUGGCAACAUGAAAAGAAGGUAGAAACUAUUACCCGCGUAAUAGAUAGGCUACUAAGUCUCUUGGGUCAUUCUCAAGGAGUAACAAGUGAAAGACACACAUUCUUUACGAAAAAUCUCGGUCUAUCUCCAUAUCUAAAUGAUCCAUUCCAAACGCGUAGUAGUGAAGAUGAUGUAGUGUAUGUGCCUGUUCCGGUGAAAGCAGAACACGCAGGUGAAUUAUGUGCUACACUAGCCUCUAAUCAACCUGGUCACGUUGUAUUUAAUGGUGAAAUCAUUCCCAUUGCCAGUGUUAUGUAUGAUAAUCGUUCUGGUGUUCUUCUUAGAGGAAGAUCAGCGGGAUCGACGAGAACAGAAAGACAAGGAGGCCGGCGUCGUUUAGUUCCUUUUCACGGUACCGUAAUUGAUUACUAUCGUGGGGUACAACUAGGACGUCCAUUACAUGAUCAUCAAGGACCAUUCUCUGUUAUAUGGGACCCAGAAGUGGAAUCCUUUCUUCUUGGAGAAGAUGGAAAUGCCGCGCGAAAGGCCAUACUACAACAACAAGAAGAAAGACGCCAACGAAAUAUUCAUCUAACGACGAUUUUAAUGCCUGCCCCAUUACCAGAGACCGAAGAGAGUGAACCUCCUCUUAUGCAAAUGGCCCCAUCUACAGUAGUGGCUCCACGCAGACCCCCACAGGAGAUGCGGCCGCCAAGCCCAACAGCAGUGAUGUUCACAGAAACAACACCAGCCAUUCUCACUUGUGGUCCUCCACCGUCCGCUCGACUACCACCAUGCGCUUCUUCAGCAGCAACCACUACAACUACCACAGCGAGUAAAGAUCGCCAGGUCCGUCUUGCGGUGAUUCAGCCAAAGAAGGAAGAUAUGGAUUUGAUGCGUAUUGAGUCUUUAUCAGCACGACGGGCUGCGGGUGGGGCAGUGAAUGUCAUUCCCACCGCAAUGCCACCCGUUAAACGUGUUACUGUCACAGCCACCAGCAAUACCACAACGGCAUUAUCACGUCUUAAGAAUAAACAGCACAAACAACGCCAGCAACAACAAAAGAAGGAACAACAACAAUCCCAACAACAAAAAGUGGGAGGGGCACAAGAAAAAGAACUUCCAGUGUUACAUUGGCCUCCCUAUGGUGGAGAGUCAACACCUAUGGCGGGUGAACGUCUCAUGCGAAUGCGCUUUCCGCGCUUUAUCCCAGUUUCACCAUCACACUCUGAGUAA